GCAACCAUAUUGCAGAUUCAUUCGAGUAAUGGCAGAAAGGUCUCCGACAUCUCGUCCCAAGGAUUCCUCCAUGGACCAUCCUACUUCAUCCGCGAGAUGGACACCGUGGCAUUCCCUGUCACUCGGAUCUGUACGAAGACCAAGAUCACCAAGCUCAUCAUUGGAGAGUAUAUGAAGGAAAGGACAAUUUCGCGUUUGGUGCAGGGGAUCAACUUAAUGAUUUCGAACGUCAGAGAUGGAAUUGAACAUGAAUCGGGCCAACGCCAAGGAGAUGGAAGCCAGAUCAACGCCAUUACAAACCCAGGCCUAUCACGGCAUUCUACGUCUUCCGAAUCGGGAUCAGAACUGCAGUCCACUGAAGACCACACGAGAAGUGCGCGGAAAAGGUCUUGGCUGGCAGAGAGCACCCAACAGCAGCGGAAGAAAACGAAGCGCCACCAGGGACAGCGGUAUAUGCACUGUUUGAGUUUGAAGGUCAAAGAAGGAUUACGAGACCUGUUCACGCUUGAUUUGAACACUUCCUUCCCCUGUAUCCAUGAGAUCCCCCUGUCAAAUUUGGAGCCCAGCCCUGCUGCUUCGAGAGACAAGAGUAUCAUCGUCAUGGUGAGCGAGAACAAGAAUGACGGAGGGCACCCCUUGAAGAUCAAAGGGAACAAGGAAGAAUACCCGGGCAUCAAGGCUGCGAAACCCACAAGAAUCCGAGAGUUUGACGGCAGAAUGGACACCGUGGCAUUCCCUGUCACUCGGAUCUGUACGAAGACCAAGAUCACCAAGCUCAUCAUUGGAGAGUAUAUGAAGGAAAGGACAAUUUCGCGUUUGGUGCAGGGGAUCAACUUAAUGAUUUCGAACGUCAGAGAUGGAAUUGAACGUAAAUCGGGCCAACGCCAAGGAGAUGGAAGCCAGAUCAACGCCAUUACAAACCCAGGCCUAUCACGGCAUUCUACGUCUUCCGAAUCGGGAUCAGAACUGCAGUCCACUGAAGACCACAUGAGAAGUGCGCGGAAAAGGUCUUGGCUGGCAGAGAGCACCCAACUGCAGCGGAAGAAAACGAAGCGCCACCAGGUGAAGUAAUUCUGAACCCAGCAAUGCUGGCAAAGUGCUAUUUUGGU